AUGGCGUCAGUUUCUGUGCCCGAGAGCAAACCCUACUCGGUUCCUGAGGAGAGCAAAAAGGUCCUCCGCGAUGGACUUGUGAACAAUCCUCGCCACAAGACGCUGCCUGGGGAAUGCAAGGACAUGCUCGACUAUGUCGAGUACGUAGGCCAGGACCAGCCGAGAAUAGCCAUCAACUGGCGGUUCGCAGAAAGCGUCGCUUCUUUGAAAGGGCUGGAAGCCAUCCUCAUCAACGUCCUGCUAAGCAGAAAGUACGGGAUAGCACCUCAGAAGGUCAUCAUCAACACCGACCAUGCCCAGUUGUUCUUCAUGUCCGCGCUCCUCCUCCAGGUGGAGCCUGCAGAAGGCAGUCCGUUGCAACCGACGCCAAUCCGCGGCCUGACCGCCAAGUACGCCCAGUAUUUCCCCAAUGGCGACCUUCACCAGAUGGCAUCGUCAUUCUACCGCCGCGCGGCUACCAACAUCUACAAGGCCAAAGAUGGACGUUUUUUCCACCUGCACGGCAGCCUCAAUCCAGACCCUUCGAUCGACGCUCUCGGAUUGCCCAGGGACCGACAGGAUAUCAGCGCGGAUGAGGAUGCAUGGGCCGUGUUUGCGGCCAAGAUCGGAGAACAGGAUGCCGCUGCGUGGGAUCAUCUGCUUGGGGAGGAAUACCGACAGGCAGCCACCAUUUGCUUGUCCCCAGCUGAGUAUGCCAACAGUGCUCAAGGGAAGGCCAACGCAGACACCGGUCUCUACAACGUGUAUCCACGGCGGGACCCUUCUCUACGAGCGGGCUGGUGGAAGGAUUCGCCCUUGACAUCCGUGCGGCGCCCGCUAGCCGGUCUCAAGGUCGUCGAAUUCACACGAGUGAUUGCAGGUCCCGCCAUCGGCCGAGGCCUGGCGGAGCUGGGCGCGAGUGUGAUGAGAGUAACAUCUCCAAACCUCGCUGACUUUUCGGGUCUACAGCCCGACCUAAAUUGGGGGAAAUGGAACUGCCACCUCGAUUUAAAGAAAGAAGAAGAUCGGUCAAAGCUUCGCGAAUUGUUGUUGGAUGCCGACGUGGUAAUCAACGGGUACAGGCCAGGUGUCCUCGACAAAUACGGAGCCGGGUACGAAGAUGUAUCGAAGAUAGCCAAGGAUCGUGGUAGAGGGAUUAUUUACGUCCGCGAAAACUGCUUCGGAUGGUCUGGCCCGCUGUCCCACCGCAGUGGCUGGCAGCCGAUCAGCGACGCACACAGCGGCGUAUCCAUGGGGUUUGGACGGGCCAUGGGAAACGACGAACCGGUCACCCCGGUCUUUCCAAACUCUGACUACUGCACAGGGAUUGCCGGAACGUGUGGAAUUCUUCAGGCGCUCCUGGAGCAGGCGGAAUACGGAGGCUCAUACCUCGUUGACACAGCUCUUGACUACUACAACAGGUGGCUGAUUGAAGAGGUCGGAGAAUACCCUAAGCAGGUGUGGGAGCAUCUCUGGCAGCGUAAUGGCCGGGCGGUCUUCCGACAUUUUCACAGUAUGAACUAUACAAUCCCUCGGUACAUCGAAAUGAUGAAAUCCCAGGGCAUUUUUGACCUCCAGUUCUUUGAGAUUCGAGUGUCAAAAGCCCUUGGUGGCUUGAAAAUACGCGCCCCGAAGCCGAUUCUACAAUUCCCUCCGGGAACCGUCGAACUGGGUUACAAUGUUGGUACCAGGGGGAAUGGAACCGAUCAACCCCGGUGGCCAGACGAUGCCCAAACAGAGGUAGUUCUCUAG